AUGGUUGAACUUGUAUUGUUUAUAUUAGCAUUUUUACGUAACUUUGCCAACAGCUGGUCCCAGGGUCGCAUCGCCUCGGGCCUCACGUACAUUGGCGUGAAGGCCUAUUCUGAGGAGAGCUCUUCACUGCAGGAAAAGCCGUAUCCCUGCGAUGCUCAUACAGCCUGUGCUGUCAAGCCAGCCAACUGCAAGAGCCCACUUUGUGUGACUUCUCAAGUGCUUUCCUCCUCUUCUUUAGCAUUAUCCAGUCCUUCGAAUCGGUCAAAAGAGGCCUGUGCUGAGAGUUUGAGCGAAGGUGUAAAUAGUAUCAGUGACAAACAGAAAGUGAAGGAGAUGAAGGAUCCUAAGCCAAAAGGGUCGACUCACCCAGAAUCAGCAUGGCUAAAGAAGAUUCUUCUCGGCGCCAGCGCAGGCCAGUCAUUAGUAUUGCAGACCUUUGAUGCCCUCUUGGGAGUCUGUCAUGAAUCAGGUAAAUGUCGUUUACUGGUGCCGUAA